AUGGCCGCGAGUGUCCUGGAAGUCACCGACUCACACCGACUCACCCAGUUUAUAUUCACGGAACACCUCAAGUGUCCUGGAAGUCACCGACUCACACCGACUCACCCAGUUUAUAUUCACGGAACACCUACUAUGUGCCAGGAACCAUAUCAGGUGACUCUGCAGAACCUUCUGGUAUGUGUCAUCUUAUUCUACACUGUCUACUACUUGUCCCUGAGCACGUGCUGCCUGGCAUUCAAGGCGGGCGAGCUGGAUACCCCAUCACUAUUUAACUUCAAAACUCAUCCUUCAUGCCUCAACAUAGACUAUAAAGUUCUUUUGGUCUCAACAGAAGUCACUUUGUAUGGGUUGGUUUUUCCUCUGAUUGUAGAAGAAUGGGUUUGGGAUUAUGCUAUUGCCAUGAUUAUACUUCAUGUAAUCAUUACAUCAGCUGCUAAUAAAAAUGCCUUAGAAUUCCCGUUGACAUCAUAUUGGUGGGCUGCGUUAGGUACAUGA